GAGCUGGGGCGCGUGCUGUUGUUGUCUCGUGGUGCUCGUGGCGAUGACGUCACGGCGGGCCGGUUUCUUCAAGCGUUUCAGCUCAAUAACAAACAAACGGGAGGCGACGUGUUCACUUUCCUGCAGCUUUCUGCCUCUCUCUCUCUCUCUCUCACACACACACACACACACACACACACAUUUCCUGAACGGCGUGUUGUUUCUGCAGGCUGAUGAAAAGGGGAUUUUAUUCUAAAACAGCGCAUUUCAUUUGACUGGUGCGGAGCUUACCAAGCCUUUACUGAUAAGGUGUAAACGGUUGCACUGGCGGGCAAAAGCGCACCUCAAGGAGGCAAAUCAGAAUCCAUCUAAAGUAUUCCAGCUUAGAUAAGAAGCCUACAAAAGCAGAUGAGCUUUUUUACACAGUGACUGGACAGCAGAUUGAGGACGGGUUGCUGCUAGAGGACUGCUGUUGGGUGGCUGAAUUUUAGAAGCAGUUUUAGCAAAAUGGCUACAACUUCAUCUCAGUAUGACCACGUGGAGCUUGAAGGAGUGGAGGAGGGCGUUAAGCCGCGGGGCACGGCCGUCCGGCGGAACCUCUUCGGCCCGGUCGACCACCAGCAGCUUCAGCAGGACUUCCACAGGCUCUUGUGCAUGAGUGUGGAGGUAGCCAAGCAGCGCUGGAACUUUGACUUCCAGAGCGAGCGUCCUACCCCUGGCUCAGUGGAGUGGGAGGAGAUGCGUUGCCAGGACGUGCCAGCUUUCUACCGCAGCUGCGUGGUGAGGAUGGGUAAGCGCAGACUGGAGGUUCCCAUCAGCGCCGGUGGAACUUUGGCAUACAGAGGAGCCGAGCUGGAAAAGAGAGCAGUCAAAUACAGACAGGCUGCCAUCACAGACUUCUUUACCGUGAAGAAGAGGAGGUUUCUUCAUUACAAAGUCUCAUCAAGGCGGUAAGAAGAGAGCAGACACUUACGCAGCUGAAGAUCCUCUCAACUCCUCACUGUGUAUGUAAAUGUACAUACAAUAUUUAAUAGGCUGAAAGUAUACUGUGAAGGUACAGAAGUGCACUCCAAAAAGGACACUUUCAUUAAUAACUUGACAACAGUCAAGUUGCAACAGUUAUAUUGCUUCCCCGUGUACUAAAUGCCAAGAUGUUUUGGGUCUUGACUAGUUUUGUGCACAAAGCUUAACGUCUCAGCUGAGUAUUGACCUCCAGACUUUAAACGGUUAGUCUUGCUGUUUUGAUAAUUGUUGAUUUAUGCAUCUUGUACAUAUGUUUUAAAAAAAAACAUUGAGAGCCUUACUGUGUAUAUUCUAUAAAUGAAUAAUAUUACUUAAUGCUACUUACUACUUAUUUAUUCUUUUCCAUGUAAGAAAACAUAUCACUUAGAACAUAAAAGUGAACCAGAGUUAGACUGGUACAUCUGAGCCAUGGCCUUAUUGUGUUUGUGUUAUAGAGAAUCGUUCACAGAAGAAAAAAUUUCGUUAAUGAAUUAAUCUCUCUUACGUCAACACGCUCACUGAGCUAGAGCCUAGAGCUCAGAAAGCAUGUGACCUCUGACCUCUGGUGCGUACCUGAAUUCCACUUUGUAAAUAUUUCAUUACUUCACCAUUCAGUGCAAAAUUUGUUUAAGCAACUCAAACAGACUAUAUAUAACUACCCGAGUUAGAAGUUACCUUGCUGAUAACAUAAAAAAAAAAAAAAAUUCUGCUUACAUGGGAUGGGUUGCCUUGAAUUAUUCAUUAUACCAGUUCUCCUAAACUACAUUGGUUUAAAAUGUUCAGACACUUUAUAGUGUUCAUAGGGUGUAAAAUGGUAAGACUUUUUUUUUUUUUUUUUAACUUCCUUUGUUGUAAAUUUUAUCAGUAUGGCCUUCUUUUAUUAACAAUGUACACAAACAUUAGUCGUGCUUUUUAGCCACUGGUGUUUAGACUUUAAGACUUUCUUUAUUUCAGUGUAUAUCUCACUAAGAUCUAAAUGUAAAGUUGUAUAGACAAAGAGAAUAAUAUCUGUUGUAUUAACAACAAUAACGCACAACACAAAAUAUUUGGACUGUAUAAGCUUCUUAUUGAGUUUUAAUCAUGUAGCAUUUUAGCUCACUUUUUACUUCUGUUAUGUUAACCAUUUCGGUUCUGAAUACUAUAUCAAGAAAAUGUAGCAUUUGCAUUCCAGUGGAUUGAAUUGUGUCAUAGGAUAGAGAACUGUUUAUAACUGUUCAUAAGAGACUUAUAAAGCCAUACUCAGAAUGUAAAUAGCAGGGAACUAUCUUCACUUGUUUGUUCGCCGAGUGUUUGCUGUGAGUUUGUAUGUAAUUGUGUUUCAUUUCUACACGUUGUCAUUAUGUUUGAUUUUGAAAAGGCAGCUUAAGAAACUAGCCAAAGAUUUGCUCCACACAGUGUCAAAAGUAAGCAACUACCAACUGCUGUCAGAGAAAAGGGACAAAGCCACUAGUCUUAACCAGCUGCAAAAGCUCACAAAACACACUUUUGGCCUCAUGGCAGUGGUGCAGUUUUUUUUUUAAAUAAAACACUCCUGGGUGUUACUAAUAUAUUUGGUGACAGUCACCAUGUCCUACAGCAGCUCAGCUAUUUUUGUAUUUGUACAUCUUUUUGAAGAAGAGGGAUCAUCUACCUCACAGAAACAAUGAAGUGUUCAUUUUCAUAUCAGAAACCCUCCUGAUCCAAUCACCUCACAGACAUGGAGUUUGUAGAUAAAACAGGUGAUUCACUUGAGACUCUUUUGAGCCUUAUGCUAAUCCUAAAUCGUGUUUGAAUUGGGUCUGGUUUUCUCUGCUUUCCCAGAAAUAAUCAGAAAAAUGUCCAUCCAUAAUGAAUUAAUGUACAUUCAUUUAAACUGGCCAAACAAAGGUCAAAGCCUAAAUCCACCACACACACAACAUCUGAGGCUACACACCACCAUGUCCAGGUGUUUAAAGGCAUCAUUGUCUUCCGUAUACACAUUUUUUUAAAGACUGUGUAAAUGUCUGUUAGUUCACUGCAGAUUUAUACACAUCACCUCAGUCUGAAAUGGUUUGAUCAUUUUUUUCCCAAUAAUUUUUACAUUCGAGUGUGUGGGUUUUACCAUGAUUUUGUUUUCAUUGUACCUGUCAUUUUUGUUUCAGAUCAACCUUAAAUAUGUUUAACUUAUUGGAAGAUAAUUCUGUUUAAGGAUUACUAACAGAUUUUUGUAUUAGCUUUGCACUAUUAAAUAUUAUUGUCGCAGUGUAUUGUAAUUUUUAAUUGUGUUAAGAGCUGCAUUAAUAGGAAUUAACAUGGGUGAGGUCUGAGUGUGCAGUGCGAACCUUUACUCUUUUAAUUACAGACAGUCAUUUGAUUUAUUUAUUUUGGCUAUGACUAACAGCCUGCCAAAAAAAACCAAAAUCUGGCUUCCAAAUUUCUGUAUGCAGUAUUUGAUAUAAUGAUAAAAGUAUUUCAAUACCCUAUAUACAUACGGGAAAGGCAGCCAUGAAUACCUUUUAUACCUAAAAUCCUAUAGGUAAUUUAAUUGUUUUAUUAUUAUUAUUAUUAUUAUAAUAUGGGAACAGAGUGAUAUUGUUUGAUAUUGAAUACAGUUGUGUUUUCUUUAAUCAAAAAUCUUGAAAUUUUGUUAAAUUCUCAGUUCCACCAAAUGUUUCUCCUUUUCUUGCAUAGUGUAUCUCACAUUGUGAGUAUGUUGCCAUGUUUAAAUCACAAAUUAUAAUAAAAGAUAUUCAUGUUUAUGUAAA